AUGUCAGCGUCAAUAUCAACUUCCGCUCCAACUGAAGGCAAAAUCAAAACCCGGUUUCUAGUUUUAUCCGAUACACACGCACUCGACCACAGACAGUUGCCAGGCACAGUGUUGCAUCGAUAUGCAGGUGUUGUACUUCAUUGCGGGGAUCUUACCAACGACUCUACAAUUGAGGAAUACGAGUCAUCGAUACGCCUCCUCCAGGCCCUCAAUGCCCCCCUCAAACUCGUCAUAGCAGGGAAUCAUGACUUCACUCUAGAUGGCCCGGUGUUUUCGAAAAGGCUUGCAGAGACCCGGCCACGGCUAGACGACAAACUAGUCAAAAAGAUUUACGGCAGUUUCGGGGAUGUCAAACGAUUGUUUAAGCAGGCUGGCAUAACUUUCCUAGAUGAAGGCAACCAUUCAAUUAAGCUCCAGAACGGGGCUUCAUUGAAUAUUUAUGCCAGCCCAUAUACGCCAUCAUGUUACCGCGGUUGGGGCUUCCAAUAUCAUCCAAAUUUUGUACACAAGUUCUUAUGCACCAGUGCUCGCACUCGCACUGAGGAAUCAUCUGCUCAAAAAAUCGACAUUAUCAUGACACAUGGACCUCCACAGGGCAUAUUGGAUAAAACGGAUUCUGGCGUGCGGGGUUGUCCAUACCUUUUCAAAGCUACUGCUAGAGCCCGGCCUCUGAUGCAUUGUUUCGGCCAUAUUCAUGAGGGCUGGGGAGCAAAGCUGGUUACUUGGCGACAGCCUAUCAGUACGGAACCAUCUCAUUUGACUGACAUCAUCAAGAAGAAGUCGCUUUUGAUUGAAGAUCUAUCGACUAUCAAGGAAGAGCGGUCUCUUGGAAUUUCAAGGAAGUACUGUACUACCAGCCACUCCUCUUCCGACCUGCUUCCAUUGAGUCGGGGAGCCCAGACACUUUUCGUCAACGCCGCUUUUAAAGGAACGAGUGGUUCCAGAAUACAGCCACCAUGGUUCGUCGAUCUUGAUCUUUCACCAGCGUAA